GCUGAGCCAAGCAGGGACCUCUCCUCAGUGCUGGGGACAAGAUGAGCGGGUGAUGAGGUCAUCCCUGAACAUCAGUCAGCACAGGCUUGGUAAGGAAGGAUUGGUGGGGUUGCAUAGUGUCCUGGACAGCCUAGCUUCCUACCCUGCAGGCCCCUGUCUGGGUCUAUCUCCACCCAGAACUAGACCCUAAGUGUCUGGAAUCUCUCUCCUCUAUUUUGUCCAUGUUCAUGACCUGUUUCCUGAGGCUUAGGGGAUGCCAUUGGAGGGGUCCCAAGCUUGGUCCCUCCCCCUAUUGAGAGAUGCUUUUUGCCUGGUGGCGUACUGCCUUUGUUAUGUGCCUGCCAGCAGGCCCCAUGACACGCUGCAAAGAGCAUGUGGCUGCCCUGGCCUCUCUCAGAAAGUGGCUCAUUCCUGGACACCGCCACUGCCUCUGAGCAUCUAGCAGCUUGCAGUUAGAAGCAGGAACACCACAGCCUCUGGGAAGGACUAGAGGCAGGAGCUGGAACGGUACAACACCAGGCACAUUCCUGGGCUGGUGAUGUUCUCACCUGCAGACUUAUUCAGAGCUGCUGUCUUUUCCAUGGGGCCUGAGAGUAGGGCCAGGGACUCGGUCCGUGGCCCAGAACUAAGCCACAGGGAAGAUGGCAGUGGCCGCACACAGGAACAGGAUAAACCCCACUGUCCGUGUAACCAUGUCCUGGGCCAGGACUGCCUAGAUGGGCAGAUCUUAGGCCAGCUUCGGCCUCUGUCAGAAGAGGAAGAAUCCUCUGGGGCUGCCUUCCUUGGGGAGCCUGCCUUCCCUGAGAUGGACUCAGAGGAUCUCCGGCUAGCCUCCUUCUACGACUGGCCAUCUACUGCAGGGAUUCAGCCUGAGCCAUUGGCUGCUGCUGGGUUCUUCCACACAGGCCAGCAGGACAAGGUGAGAUGUUUCUUCUGCUAUGGGGGUCUACAGAGCUGGGAGCGUGGGGAUGACCCCUGGACAGAGCAUGCCCGAUGGUUUCCCAGGUGUCAGUUCCUGCUACGGUCAAAAGGAAGGGACUUUGUGGAAAGAAUCCAGACCUACACCCCUUUGCUGGGAUCCUGGGAUCAGCGAGAAGAACCAGAAGAUGCAGUCUCUGCCACUCCCUCAGCUCCUGCCCAUGGAAGCCCUGAGUUACUCAGAUCCAGAAGAGAGACCCAGCCUGAAGAUGUCAGUGAGCCAGUCCCCAGGAGCCAAGGAUGUUCAGGAACAGCUGCGACAGCUGCAGGAAGAGAGGAGAUGCAAGGUGUGCCUGGACCGAGCCGUCUCCAUAGUCUUCGUGCCCUGUGGCCACUUCGUCUGCACCGAGUGUGCUCCCAACCUGCAGCUGUGCCCUAUCUGCAGGGUGCCUAUCUGUAGCUGUGUACGCACAUUCCUGUCCUAAACCAGGAACUACACUGCAGAGUGGGUACCCUGCCUGCUUCAGCCUGUCCCAGAUCAUACAGUGAGUCUGCUGGGGACAUCCAGUGUCCCCCACAAACAGUACAGCAUGGAGGAAAAGUUCCUGGUUUGUGUGAAGAGUGUUCUGCUGUAGCAUUUUGGAUCUACUUGAAGAUAAUAAAGCAGAAGUUCUCACCCUA